AUGGGCUGCAUGCUGGAUCAUUGCCAAUCGGCCGAGGAGGCAGAAGGAUUGGCAGCUCUGACGGGUCUCAGGGAGCUGUCGAAACAUCAUGAUGGCUCACUGGAGUUGGAGAUGGAUUGCCUGGCACUGGCCGAGGCACUGGCACCAGGAAAGUCAAAUCAGUCUGCCUUGUUCUCAAUAGUUGAAGAUAUCAAGAUGGCGUUAUCUAGCUUCUCCUCCUACAAGUCCUGGGCCACAAACCUGAAGCCUCUUCCCAUCCAGCUCAUCCCACUUGUCAACUCCUCCUCUUCGACUCCGAGGGCACGGGCGGCGAGCAUGGCGGCGGGGCCGGCGGAAGCCCUGAAAUCCUUCGAGGAGAGAGCUUCCGAUGCCGAGGCACGGUUGGCAAAGCUGGAAGCCCUGCUGCUGAACAAAGAUGGCGCAUCCGAGGCAAGUUCAUCUGCCAUGAGAGAUCUUGAGUCAAAGCUUGACGCAGCAACCAAAGAAUGUCUUGCUGAGAAGGAACAGAACCGGAGGCUGACCGUGGAGAACGAGAAGCUCCAGUAUCGUGUCUCCCAUCUCAUCCAAACAAUCAAAGAGGCGGAGUCAAGAUAGAGAAGCCUCUGAUAAGCUGGAGCUCGUAAACCUAGUCCUAUUUUGGCUUCGAGAGAGACGUUCAUCUCGCAAACCUGUCUAUGUGCUCGUCCUGAUGUCUGUUGGAGUUUGCUUAAACUGUCAUUCCGAGGUUGAUGAAAUGUGUCUGGUACAUGUAAGCUUAGCAGUAAUGUAUUGAUCAGGUCGAUUAUUUGUGUCGGCGAACAUUGAACAGUGUGUCGCUAUCGCAACAAAAGUUGAAGAUGAAAGAUAUUCUGGCCUCA